AUGACCUCUAAAAAUAGACGUCACGUGGUUGAAGGAACUGACGGAGGAUAUGGAUGGUUGGUUGUUGUAGCAGGAGCCAUAGUCUACGGAUUGGCUGGCGGUCUCCCACAAGCUAUGGGCUCAUUCUUUAUUGAGUUCCGGGGCUAUUUCGAAUCAACUGCAGAGCGCACAGCUUGGGUGAUAUCUAUAUUUGUUGGGUGUGUGUUCGCUAGCGGUAUAGUUGGAUCUUUCAUAGCGAAGUGUUUUGGAACACGUCCAACAGUAUUUGUAGGAGGUUCAUUAGCUGUGUCAGGAUUCUUUAUCAGUAGCUUUGCUACUAGUUUAGAAUUUCUGUAUAUUACCUCAGGAGUUAUGCCAGGACUUGGCAUUGGGAUGUGUCUACCCCCGACGUUGACAAUGGUCGGGCAAUAUUUUCCAAAGAGGUUCGCAGUAGCUAAUGGCUUUUGCAUGAUGGGCAAUGGUAUCACCUUAACAAUAGUACCGCUGAUAAUACAAGCCAGCAUUGACGCUUACAGAUCCGUGUUUGAUGUCACACAGAAUUAUGAUACUACAUUCUACAUCCUUGUUUCUGUGUUUAUUGCAUCCGGAUUGAUAUGUAUACCCGGUGUGAUCGUGAAUCAAAUGAAAAACACGACUCGUACUGCACGGGAAACCAAUUCCUAUUUUGACGACACUGACAUCCGGAAGAAUAUCUGUGAAAUACGAACCAUCGGUGUACAAGUAGAUGAAACUGAAUGGAAUAACACAAAUGACAUGAGUUUCAUCUUGGAUUCUCCUCUUGCAUCAAGUACAGAUAGAGUAUGA